AUGGUGGUGAAGUACUGGGUCAUUUUUCUCAUCGCCUCCGACGCCGGGCUGGUAACGUGGACAAUGAGGGUCGCAGCGGAGUUUUUCUCCAAGGUCAGAAGGAGAUCGCCAAGAUGUUGGCGGAAAACCUGCUCAGUAAGUUCAAGGCCACCGCUGAGUACAAGGAAGUCGCUGUCGAGUUUCUGUUCGAGGCAAACUGAACCACAGGCGAAGAUGUGA